AUGGCCAGUCAAACUUCCGACCGUGAAGUGCUCCCCACGAACGUCAGGCCAGUGCAUUACGACUUGAGCGUUGAACCUGACUUCGACACAUUCAAAUUCGACGGAAAUGUCAAGAUUGACUUGCAAGUAAACGACUGCAGCAAGGACACUAUCCAGCUAAACACCUUGGAAAUCGACAUCAACUCGGCCCAAAUUGGCACUCAGAAGGCUGUGAAAUGGGACAUCGACACCGAGGCGCAAGUGGCAACGUUGGAGUUCCCCAAGGGCUUCCUCAAGGACAAGAAAACCGUGACUUUGGAAUUGUCAUUCACAGGGACUCUUAACGACAACAUGGCAGGGUUCUAUCGCGCCAAGUUCACCGACAAGAAGACCGGGGCCACCAAGUACAUGGCGACCACGCAGAUGGAGCCCACAGACGCCAGAAGAGCGUUCCCCUGCUUCGACGAGCCCAACCUAAAGGCCACGUUCGCCAUCACCCUUAUUUCCAGCCAGCACUUGACGCAUCUGUCGAACAUGGACGUCAAGUCAGAGCUCCUAAAGGGCAACAAGAAAUACACCACGUUCAACACCACGCCCAAGAUGUCCACGUAUCUAGUCGCAUUCAUCGUUGCCGAAUUGAACUAUGUGGAAAGCAAGCAUUUCCGCAUUCCUGUCCGUGUGUAUGCCGCUCCAGGUGAGGAACACGACGGCCAGUUCGCUGCCGAUCUGACCGCCAAGACUCUGGCGUUUUUCGAACGCACCUUUGGCAUCCAAUACCCACUGCCUAAAAUGGAUAACGUUGCUGUCCACGAGUUCAGCGCUGGUGCUAUGGAAAACUGGGGUCUGAUUACCUACAGAGUCGUGGACCUUCUUUUGGACCGCGAGAACUCAACUUUGCAACGUGUUCAGAGAGUCGCAGAAGUUGUCCAACACGAACUUGCCCACCAAUGGUUCGGAAACCUGGUCACCAUGGAUUGGUGGGAAGGCUUGUGGUUGAACGAAGGUUUUGCCACUUGGAUGUCUUGGUACUCUUGUAACGAGUUUGAGCCGGAAUGGAAAGUCUGGGAACAGUACGUCUCUGACACUUUGCAAUCUGCGCUGGCUCUGGACUCCCUCAGAUCGUCGCACCCAAUUGAGGUGCCCGUUAAAAGAGCGGACGAGAUCAAUCAAAUUUUCGACGCCAUUUCCUAUUCCAAGGGUUCAUCUCUCUUGAGAAUGAUAUCCGUUUGGUUGGGAGAAGACGUCUUUAUCAAAGGUGUCUCUGACUACUUGACCAAAUUCAAGUACGGCAACGCCAAGACAGAAGACUUAUGGGAUGCUUUGUCCAAAGCUUCUGGUAAAGAUGUGCGUAAGGUCAUGGAUAUUUGGACCAAGAAGGUAGGGUUUCCCGUGGUGUCCGUCGAGGAAAGUGGCAAUAAAGUCACUUUCACUCAAAACCGUUACCUCACCACCAAGGAUGUUAAGCCUGAGGAAGACAAGACACUAUUCCCAGUAUUCUUGGCUUUGAAGACCGACCAAGGUGUCGACCACUCGUUGGUUCUCAAUGAUAGGUCGGCAACUUUUACUUUGAAGGAAGCAGACUUCUUCAAGGUGAAUGCCGACCAAGCCGGUAUUUUCAUCACAUCUUACACGGACGAGAGAUGGGCCAAGCUAUCCAAACAGGCCGACCAGCUCUCUGUUGAAGAUCGGACUGGUCUUGUUGCAGAUGCCAAGGCUCUUUCCACCUCCGGCUACACCUCCACUACAAAUUUCUUGGAGCUCAUCUCCAACUGGAGAAGUGAAAACUCUUUUGUUGUCUGGGAACAGAUGAUCAAAAGUCUGUACUCUUUGAGAGCUACAUGGCUGUUUGAGUCUCAGGAAGUUAACGACGCUUUGAACGAGUUUACCAGAAAGCUUGUUUCUGACAAAAUCGACGAACUGGGCUGGUCGAUUCACAAAUCAGACUCCUAUUCCGUUCAACGUAUGAAGGUCGAAAUGUUCUCUACUGCAAGCGCCGCCAAGAUUCCUUCUGUUGUGUCGGCCUCUUUAGAGAUGUUUGACAAGUAUGUUGCUGGGGACAAGAAUGCCAUUCCAGCUCAAUUAAAACCAUCUGUUUUCAGCACUGCGGCCAAGAAAGGUGGCGAAGAGUAUUACGAGAAAAUGUUCGGCAUUUAUCAAAACCCUGUUAACACGGAUGAGAAACUUGCAGCACUACGAAGCCUAGGUAGAUUUGAAGACGCCAAGCUAACCCAAAGAACUCUAGAUUAUUUGCUAGAUGGGACAGUAUUGCUUCAAGACAUCUAUAUUCCUAUGCAGGGCAUGCGUAUGCACGCAGCUGGUGUGAAGGCUUUGUGGGUCUGGGUCACCCAAAAUUGGGAUGAGCUCACUAAAAGAUUGCCUCCCGGACUGUCCAUGCUAGGGUCUGUUGUUGCAUUGGGAUGCUCUGGAUUCACCUCUUUCGAGGCCAUUGAAGAGGUCCAAAGGUUUUUCAGCAAGAGAUCAACCAAAGGAUUCGACCAGGGACUAGCACAAGCUCUAGACACCAUCACCUCAAAGGCCCAAUGGGUGCAGAGAGACCGCGAUCAUGUCGCCAAGUAUUUGAAAGAGCAUGGCUAUGACAAGGCUGCCUAA